UAUUUUGGUGCUAGGUUUUCAGCGGCGGAGGGAGACGGCAAGCGGGAGGAGAUAUAGGGGAAGGCUUAAACUGAAGCUCUUUCUCUCUCGGGUUUUUGCUUUCUCUCUCCUAGGGUUUAUUCUGUUUCAACAAUGGCCAACGCCAAGGAUAACUUCAGCAUGUCCGAUCUCAACGCUGCUCUGAAUUCUGAGGAAAAGGCUGACCUUGUCAACGUUCUCAAAAAUAAGCUUCAGGAUCUUACUGGACAGCAUUCAAAUGUGCUCGAGAGCUUGUCACCUGAUGUCAGAGAGCGUGUUGAGUUCCUCAGGGAGAUUCAGACUCAACAUGAUGAAUUGGAGGCAAAGUUUCUUGAAGAGAGAGCAGCACUUGAAGCCAAGUAUCAGAAGCUUUAUCAACCACUAUAUACAAAGAGAUAUGAAAUAGUGAAUGGUAUAGUUGAAGUUGAAGGUGAAAAAGCUGAAGCAGUGUCUAUGGACCAAGAAGACGACAAAACUGCCGAGAAAGGAGUUCCACAUUUCUGGGUUACUGCUAUGAAGAAUAAUGAAGUGUUAGCUGAAGAGAUUACUGAGCGUGAUGAAGGAGCUCUCGAAUAUUUGAAAGACAUUAAGUGGUCCAGAAUUGAUAAUCCAAAGGGCUUCAAGCUUGAAUUUUUCUUUGAGACCAAUCCAUUCUUCAAAAACUCUAUUUUGACUAAGACCUAUCAUAUGAUUGAUGAAGAUGAACCUAUUCUAGAGAAAGCCAUAGGGACUGAGAUAGAGUGGUAUCCAGGAAAAUGCUUGACACAGAAGAUCUUGAAGAAGAAACCUAAGAAGGGGUCUAAGAAUGCCAAGCCCGUGACUAAAACUGAACAGUGUGACAGUUUCUUCAACUUCUUUAGUCCACCUGAAGUCCCUGAGGAUGAAGAUGACAUUGAUGAAGAAGCUGCUGAGGAGCUGCAAAAUUUAAUGGAACAAGACUAUGACAUUGGGUCAACUAUUCGAGACAAAAUUAUCCCACAUGCAGUGUCUUGGUUCACUGGGGAAGCUGCUGAAAAUGAUUUUCCUGAACUAGAUGAUGAAGAUGACGAGGAGGAUGAUGAUGACGAAGAGGAUGAAGAGGACGAGGAGGAAGAUGAAGAAGAGGAUGAUGACGAUGAUGAAGAUGAUGUCAAGACAAAGAAGAGGACAACUGCUGCUGCACGGAAGAGAAGUGGAAGAGCAGCUGCAGCUGCAGAUGGUCAGCAAGGUGAGAGGCCUCCAGAGUGCAAGCAACAGUAGUUCAAUGUGUCAAGAAGAUAUAUGCAGUCUUUUAGAAGUCUCUGGAUUUGCCUUUCUCCAUUGAAGUCUUUCUGGGUUUAUAUUCUCUUAUCAUAUUACUAUUAUUAUUAUUCCAUUUUCUUAGUUUCAUUUUUGGCAGUGGGUUGGGAAGGAUUGUGGAAAUAGUGUUAGAUGUGAUGUGAUCUGUUUAGUUUCUGUCGGAUUGCGGAUUGAAACAUUAUAGUAUAGCUGCCUGAUAUUAUUCCCUUGUGCUCUAUUGAAUUUUGCAAUUUUCUCUAAUA